AUGGUGGGGUCAUCGCCGGCGAAAGGAUCGACGAAACGAGCCUUGAGCACUACUGCUGCUGUUGGGUCAGCAGAGAAGGACAAGAAGCACAAGCGGACCGGCAACACUCUCAGCAGCCCCCUGCACCGAGGGAUCGAUGGUCCCCCCCGGCCGGGCGAGGUGAAGCUUCUCAUAUCCAACCUGCACUACGAGGUCAGCCUUGAUCUGCUUGCCUCCGAGUUCAGCACGUGCGGCGCGGUGAUGCGGUGCCGCAUCAUCAACGGUCCCGACGGCCGGUCUCGAGGAGUCGCUUUCGUGUCGUUCGGGGAAAAGUCUUCGGCUGACCGCGCUAUCAGCAAGUACCACGACAGGCUCUUUCGGGGCCGCAAGCUGCAGGUGACCAUCUCCUCCAAGAACGAUGAGCGCCGAGAGCUGGCCAUGUCGACCGUACAUCCCAAGAACGGAGGGGGAGGCAUGAUGGGCGGUCCCAUGGGUCCCAUGGGGAUGGGCGGUCGUGGUCCUUUCGGCGGCAACUUCGGCCCCGGCGGCCGCGGCGGCGGUGGCCCCAUGGGCGGACCUAUCGCGGGCCGCGGGCCCAUGGGCGGCAUGAUCGGUGGCCGCGGCGGGCCGAUGGGAGGUCCGCUGCUUCCCGGCCCCGGGAUAGUUGGAGGGAGGGGAGGCAGAGGUGGAAGGAUGGGUAUGGCCGGCGGUGGUCGAGGAGGGCGCGGCAUGGCCGGCGGACCGAUGAACGGCCCUAUGGGACCGAAUGGCCCGGGUCCUAUGGGGCCGGGUGGGCCAAUGGGGCCAAUGGGUCCGAUGGGAGGGCCGAUGGGGCCUGGAGGACCUAUGGGACCUGACGGCAUGGGGCCAGGCGGUAUUGGGCCCAUGGGUCCCGGUGGUAUUGGACCGAUGGGCGAAGGCGGCAUUGUCCCCGGCGUGUUGGGUGCCGGGAGGGGUUCCUUGGGCCCUGGAAGGGGUUCGCUUGGCCCGGGGAGGGGGGGCGCGGGCCGGGGGCCAGGCGGGAGGGGCGGCGGGAGGAUGGGCAUGGCCGGCGGCGGCGGCGGCGGCCGGGGAGGACGCGGACCCCCCGGCGGAGACCCGAUGAUGCCAGGAGGCGGCCGCGGGGGCCCCGGCGGCAUGAUGGGAGGGGGCCCCGGGCGCGGGCCGGGCGGCGGGCCUCCCCACAUGGGCGGCGGCGGCGGCGGCGGCGGCGGAGGCCCCGGUCUCGGCAGUCUUGCUGCCGGCAGGGGUGGCGGCAUGGGUCCCGCUGGCGGAGGCCCCGGCGGGAUGGGCGGCAGGGGCGGCGGCCGUGAUGGCCCCGGUGGUAUGGGCCCGAUGGGUCCCCGCGGGGGCGGCGGUCCUGGGCCCAUGGACGGCGGGAUGGAUGGUCCGGCCGGUGGCGGCGGUGGGCGCGGCGGAGGUGGGCGCGGCGUCGGCGGCAUGGGCGGGAGAGGCGCGGGUGGCGGCGCGGGUGGCUGGGACGAAUAUGGACGCGGAGGCGAUCCUUACAUGGAAAACCCCGAGCGUGCCGGCGGAGGGGGCGGCCGCGGGGGAAUGGGCGGUGGCGGUGGCGGGCGUGGCAUGAUGGGCCAGGGUGGCAUGGACCACCACGUCGAUGGGCGCGGGAUGGCCCCCGGAGGUGCAAGGUACGGCGGCCGCGAUGUCGGCGUCGGCGGCGGCCGCGGGGACGGCAUGAGCGGACGCGGGGGGGGCGCUGGUGACAUGAGCGGCAGGGGAGGCGGCGGUGGCAUGGGAGACGGGGGCUACGCGGACCGCGGGGCUUGGGGAGGAGGAGAGGGCCAAGGCUCGGGCGGAGGCGAGCGGCGCGGGCCUCCUGGCCCGUCCGAGUACAACACGCCUUCCAUCCCGGCUGAUGGUUCCGGUGGUAACUAUGGUGGUGAUGCCUACGGUGGGGGCGGGGGCGGGGGGUACGACGAUUACCCCGCGGAGAGGGCGGAUGGGGCCGGAGGUUACCGCGACAGUUAUAACAACGGUGCCGCCGAUAGCCGAGGGGGAUACGCUCAGAACCGCGCCGCGAGCGGUGGCGGAGGGGGAGGAGAGUACAAUGACGGGGGGGGUCAAGGUGGUGGGUACGGUGGAGCAGGGUCGGGGGCCGACCACGGCGGGUACGCGGCCAACGGUGCCGGUAGGGACGCCGCGUACGGCGCUGAGUAUGACGGUGCCGCCCGGGGUGGUAAGACCGGGGGUUACGAUGACGGUUACGGCGGAGCUGCCGCUGACGGCGGGGACAGUUACCGCAACUCGGGAGGGGCUAACAGGGGUGGCAGACACAGCGGCGGCGGCGGCGGUGCUUCCUCAGGGAACAAUGACCAGUACGCAGGGGGGGCGGACCAGGGCAGGUCGGGUGGCCAGGCCGCAACCGGCUACGGUGACAGCAGAACCGGCGACAAUGGAGGAUACCCCGCUGCCGUUGGAAACGGCUACCAGGGGGAAACGGAGGGCAGCAGGGGCGGGGGCGGCGGCGGCGGCGGCGGCUACGGUCAGCAGGGAGACGGGGGAAGCUACAGAGCGGAGGGCGCCGCAUCUUCCGGGUAUGACCAGGGCUACAGCGGCAACCCCAACAACGGCCGCACCGGACAACAGGCAGGAGGUCCGAGCCAGGCUGCCGACAGUGGCUACGGCACCGCCGCCGGCGCUUCGGGCAGCGGGCCUCAGAGCGGCGACGCCGGGACGAAGGGUAGCGGCGGGUACGCCGACAACAACGGCGGCGGGGACUACAACAGCUCCGCGGCAGCCGGGGGUCAGUACCGCGGCGGCUACGCGGACCAGCAGUCUUCGGGCGGCGCCGGCCAGCAGUCGUCGGGGUACGGCGGCGGCCAGGCUGACGGCGCGUACGACGCUCCCACCGCCGGCGGUGCCGCGGGAGGCUCUAGCGGCUACGCCGCCCAAGGCAGCUACGCCCAAGGCGGCGCCGAGGGUGACGCCGAGUUCUGGGCGCGCGGCGGCGGGGCGGGAGGAUCAGGCGGCGGUUACACCGACGGUGGUUCUCAUGCCGCCUCCGCCGGGCAGUACGCGGCUCCCGAAACACCGGGAAGGGGAGGGGGCGGCGGGCAAGGAUCGUACGCUUGGUAAAAGGGUAAGGGUGAUGAGCGGGCGAGAGGGGGAGGCAUUUUUUCAACGUUUUUUUUUUUUGUAGCAAGCAGUCUUUCAGGGUUGCGCCGGCAGUGAGCACGAGAGAUGGCAUGUACAUUGUUUCGGCUGCGUUCGGCACGGCUUUGAAAAGGAUGUACGAGGGCUAAUGAAUGACGCCAAGUCCUUUCGCGAGUUUUCUGUUCUUGUCCUUUCCAGGGGAGAGACGACCCACUGAGGCACGAGCGCGCUCAACAGUAGUGACUCGUUCGUUGAGUGGUUCGUUCACGGCAGUAGUUUGGUGAAGGGAUAGUGUAGUGCAGUGCAGCGUCUAGGCCUUCUUUCUCGAGUGAGGCGUGGAGGGGGGCAACGCCGUUGUUGUACUCGGGGGGCACGUUGGACAGCAAUACUAGCGCAGGAGGUCAACCCAAUUUCGCCUGGCGCCGCCUGCUCGCGGGUGCAGAUUCGUUUGUUUUUUGUUUUGUCACAGAAAAGGACUUACCUCCAUGGCAUCAUCGCUCAAUAAGGCUGGUUUGGCUAUGCGUCAGAGCACUCUGAUUUUUCGGCCAAUCCCAAUCUUUGAUGAGACGCUAGCGUUGAACCUAGGACACUUUUUGUGCACUGCUGUGGCCGGCAGCGCGAGAUGGUAGCGACGGUUACAGGGUAGAGCGCUCCGAUGAGUUUGUGACCGUCUUCAAAGUUGGUCCUGAGAUAUACGCCGUUGCACGUCUUGGUACGUUUUUUCGUUUUUUGGGUUGUCUGUCCAAAUUCUAUUCAGCGAAUGUUUACGUUGUUGGGUCAACAAGUUGUGGCCGCUCUUUCUGUUGAUUUGUGGUAGAGGGAUGGAGGCGGGAGGGGGGGAGGGGAGGCGGGGGCAGUACCAUCUUUAUGCGCCCGGUUCCAUGAGCGCUCAUGGUUGGGCAAGUUGUUUUGCAUGAUGUACUGUAGCCGUUUGGGCUCCCGUAUGAACGCAGCAUGAACUUCGUGCCGUAUUGGGACGGCUUGCAACUUUCUCUUGUGCGAGCAUCGCUGUGUAUGCCGUCGAAGGGGGUUCCGGACGGCUAGAUUUUCGAACAGUUUUUUUCGCUGGUCAACACGCUGUACGGGGGAGCUCAAGACACUGUACGAGGGAGCGGUGGCGGCGGCGGUAUGUUUCUCGUGCAGCCAGCCAUGAGAUCCAUUCUGAUAUCGGUCGCUAGCUUUACUCACCUUUCUGCUCUGUUCUAUUGCAGCAAGGAUUGCGUAGUCAUGUGGCCAGGAAGGUAAGAUAGGGUACUCGGUUGGGCAACAAAGUGACGAGGAGGGUUGUAGGUUGCGGUGUUGUUGCACGAUAUAUAUAUAUUUAUAUAAUACACGAGUGCAUUUUCGAAGUCCACCAACAAUAGCCUCAUGUUCGUGCUUUGUGCGGAUGGAGUUAAGUUUGGUUCACCAAUCUCUCGUGGUUGUUGCCAGGCUCUCGUGAUUGUGUGAGCAGCAGCUCAGGAGUACUUGGAUCCGUUCUGGCGAGGAGUGUUGGCGAUGCGGCCCGCAAGUGUUUUUUGUCAACCGCUGGUAACACUCUGGAUGCGUUCUAGUGAAGGGUACGAAGGCAAGCCGAUGCGGGCGGUGUGGAAGGUGUAAGCAGUCGCAGGCGAUCUGGACGGCGCGGGGGUUCGUGUUGAAUGUGGAGGGUUUGGAAUUGAGGGUAAUCGUGCUGGUUAGGUGUCUCAACGGGCUUUGAGACACACCGGAGGGGCCAUGCCGGCUUUGGUGGGGCGAUCUGUUGGCAGUGUGAUAUUGCGCAGGGAUACGAUAUGUGCCUCUUCUCUCCGGCAAUGCGUACGUACGCCUGUCGAAGGGUGUGGCAAAGGGAUUAAGGCUUUCGUCGAGAGAUUUUGACGUCGCAUUACGAUGCCGUCAGAGGGUGGGGGGGUUAUAUGAUACCACAAAAGUAGGAGUGCGGGAUCGAGCGAGCGCAUCCAAGUAGGGUAUGUAGGCGGGUUGUUUGCUAACCAUGUAGUCGUUUUGCAUUCUGGAGUUUUUAGUCCUUUGGUGCGAUUCGAGCCAAAUCAUUCGCAGUCCAACGGUUCACGUUGCAGGUAGUUAUGCCACGCAUCCAGUGGAAAUCAACGACUUCAUGCCCUUUACAUCAAGGGCUUGUAGUACACAAAAAACUGAUUGCUCUUGGCGGCCUUGAGUGUACGGAACUACCCGAUGCCGUGUAUCCUUGUACCCUUUUCGUGUAUUCAUCUCGGUGGGUAGUUUUCUUUCAUGACGCGUGGGGGAAGAAUCGUUCGCAGAGAAGACUGAAGUGAAGCGGGAAGACAAGCAAGAAAAUGGAUGCACGGUGCAAUGAGAUGCCUAUGCAUAAAAUAGAUGAUCCUUUCGGAGCGGGAAGCCGGCAGUUUGUUGCACAUACGAGUCCCACAUUCUUUGUAAGAACAAGACACCGGUUGCAGAUACGAGUCUAAGAACAUGACACCGGUUGGUUGGUUCGUAACUAGGUUGACUCGUGUGUCGCGGUGGAGAUACCCGUCACAAGUCGUCUCUAUGACGCCGUGCUACUCGCAAAAGCCGGCUUCAACGACGACCCGUCGAAUUUUCAGAUUCCAAGGACUGUCUCGACGAUGCAUUUUUUCUCUCAACGGCCCCAUUCGAUACUCAUACCUUGCGAGAGUGGAAGGUACAUGCAUCAUUUUUUUCGUUUGUCGGUGUUCUUUUCCCCGAUAUGGGCAACAUUUGUGCUCGCUGAGGUAGUGUUGAUAUACAUCCACAUCUACAGUCGGCGUUUUCAUGUGUUUACUUGUCAUUGUGGUGCCACUGAUGUUUGAUUUUCGCAUCGAUGUUGUGACUUCCCUGGUUGGGAGGGAGCGCUCUAAACCUUGCAUUGUUUUUUCUUGUUGCUCUUGUGGAAACAAGUACGUCUGUAGGUCAGUGUUGCUCGCCAGAAAUAGCCAUUUUAUUUUUUGCUGGACCUGGCUGGCCGGUCGCCGACCCUGCAGGUGGAUAGACAUCAGUCCCUGACGCCCGUUUGUACAUUUUUUUCGUGCUGAUGGCGAAGAAUUUUUUCUUGGUGGUUGAGCUGCCCCGGCGAUGUUCGCCUAGUAAUGUUUCGGUUGCCGCAGCGGCGUCUUGCUCGCGAAAGACAUCGUUAGCGCUUUCUCUAUGCAACACCGCAGUUCUCGUGACACCUUUGACUCAUCUUGGUGAACACUUCGGCAGGCGGCCUUCGCUUAUUGUUGUAGGUGCUUGUGUAUGAUCUUUUCUAUAAUACCCACGCAGCACCGAAUUGCUUGUUAAAAAAAUACGCCGGGGCGAUCGCGAGUCGGCCUUGUCAGGCUUUUGACCAAACUUGGUAAGUCCACCCAAGCGACAAACCCUCUCAAGUACUCCAAGCCAUUGGAGCGCGGAUUAGGGUUAUAGGGUCGCGGUAGGGGACAAGCGGAGUGAAACAUAUUGGGUACAUUCAUAAGCGUCCGCCGGGGACGUCAGUCAGGAACAGUCUGUGGUUGUGGUUCGUGGAAAUGAUGCUGGUCGGUGUAAAUCACGUUUUGUGGAUGUGGCGUGGGUUCCUCGAGGAGGGCUUCGACGCUAUCAAGAUGAUCCUCAAAUUGAACAUUUAUUUUACUUGAAUUCUG